AAAGUAAAGGUAGUGUAAUGGCAUUUAAUGGAAAGACGGAAUUAUAUAAGACUUGAUAAAAAAAUAAAAAUUUCGAGUGGGCUAUCUCGAAGUAAAUUCUUAGUAGAAGAAUACAGGAAAAAAAGGGUCUCGUAUUCUCCGAUCAUCUGGAAUUGACAGGUAAUGGCAGGACAGGGUAAUUCAAGUUCAUCUGACAAGAAAUCAAAGGAAGUUAUGAAUGAUGUAUCAACUUUUAGAGCAGAGAAUUUGCAGAAUAACAUGAAAGUUGUAUAUUACAGCCGAACAUUUUUGUCGAUAAUCGGAGGGGCUAUUUCUGGGAUUUUAGGGUUGACAGGCUGUAUGGGUUUUAUAUUGUAUUUCAUUGUCAUGGCAAUUACUUCAAUUGGACUCAUAGCAAAGGCAAAGUUCUCCCUUCAUUCUUAUUUUGAUUGCUGGAAUCGGAUUAUACUCGAUGGAUUCUUGGGUGGGCUUAUGUCAUUCGUGCUAUUCUGGACAUUUGCUUAUGAUAUCGUGCAUAUAUUCUGAGGAACUAUCUCCUAUGAUCUCGGCUGGAAAAGAAGCUGCUCUGUUUCCCUUGAUCCUGGCAUUUGCAAUCGGAUUCCAUGUUUUUGUUACCUUUUUGCAAUCGGAUUCCAUGUUUUUGUUACCUUUCUUCUUUUAGUUACUUUCUAUUGCAUUUUAUUUUCCAUUUUCCUUAAUUCCUAGAUUCAACAAAUCUUGGAAUAAAACGUAAACGUAAGGCAUAUUAAUUAAAGGCAAAUCUUUAUUUAAUAAGGAGGAUGUAAUGCAAACCAAUAUAAGUACGUUUUAGACAUGGUAACGAAUCAUGUAGUAACUAUAUCGUGUGUUUAGAAAACAAUAAUAGUGAACAAAAAUAACCAACCUCAAAUUGGAGGUUUUAUACCGACUUUAACCUUCCAUGUUCCGAGAUUCCGCAUGAUCUGAUCAACGAGACGUAUUCUCCUAUUGAAUUCUGCAAUUUUACGUUUCCAUUGUGAAGGAAAAUACUUCCAACGACACAGUGAUGAACAAGGUCAUGGUGGCUGCCUCCUACUAUCUCUAUA